AUUAUGUUGUGGCUGAAUUUUUAUUGGGAAAUUCUCGCUCCCUCUCGCUCCCUCUCGCUCCCAUGGCGUCGUCUCUGAGCUCAGGAGCAAACCCUACCUCGAUUAAUUUCGUUGGAGCAAGUCCCAAUUUGAGCCAUGGGAGAGGGGAAGAGAGUGAGCAGCUUCUUCUCGGUGAAUCUUCUCAGCGAUCCGCCAUUGAUCCUGUUCUUCUGCGGCGAAUGUAUGUUGGACACUUCCUAUCGAGAUGGGGAGCUAGAAUGUGGGAGUUCUCUGUUGGCUUAUAUAUGAUAAAUAUUUUGCCAGACUCUUUACUUUUCACUGCUAUUUAUGGUGUUGUGGAGGCUGCCUCCACAGCUUUAUUUGGCCCAGCUGUUGGAACAUUGGUAGAAAAAAUUCCUCAUAAGCAGGUCCUGCGGAUGUGGUUGUUAAUUCGAAGUUUAUCGUUUUUGGUUGCCGGAGGAGCUGUUGCGGCUCUCCUUGUGUACUUUGGCCCUUCAUCUCAUAAAUCCGUGUCAUUUAUGGGUUUAGUUGUCAUAACCAACAUAUCUGGAGCCAUUAGUGUGCUUUCAACUCUUGCCGGUACAAUACUUAUUGAAAGAGAAUGGGUGGUUGUAAUUUCCCACGGGCGGCCUCCUGAGGAGCUUGCAGAAAUGAACUCUACCGUCAGAAGGAUUGAUUUAAUCUGCAAACUUUUCGCCCCAGUUUUGACAGGUUUCAUCAUCAGCUUCGUGUCAUUGGUGGCAUCAGCCGUAACUCUAGCACUGUGGAAUGUGUUAUCAGUAUGGUUAGAGUAUUGGCUUUGGAUUACAGUAUACCAUGGCUUUCCUGCUCUGAGUGAAAGCAGAGAAAGAAGACACGUAGAAGAAGUUUCAAGCUUUUCCAUAGAAUCUUCAAUGGUGGAAUCAAGUAGUUGGAGAAGGAAAAUGGCUGAAUGUUUGUCAAAGACGCUUUGCUUUGAUGCCUGGAUUGUUUAUUUUAAUCAAGAUGUGGUGCUUCCUGGCGUGGCUUUGGCUUUGCUGUAUUUCACCGUCUUAAGUUUUGGGACACUAAUGACAGCCACAUUGGAGUGGAAAGGCAUCCCAGCCUACAUCAUCGGCAUAGCAAGGGGGAUUAGUGCCAUUAUCGGAAUUAUGGCGACCGUCGUUUAUCCAAUUUUACAUUCUCGCAUUUCAACGCUGCGGACUGGACUAUGGUCUAUAUGGACACAGUGGUGUUUUCUGUUAAUAUGUUUGGCGUCCAUUUGGGUGAGCAACGGCAUUGCUUCGGCAUGGAUACUAAUGGGCGGAGUUGCUGCGUCACGGCUUGGAUUAUGGAUGUUUGAUCUUGGUGUUACGCAACUAAUGCAGGACCAAGUCUCUGAAGCUGACAGAUGCAUUGUUGGUGGAGUUCAGAGCUCGCUUCAGUCCUUUCUGGAUUUGCUUACUUACGUUAUGGGGUUAAUUGUUUCAGAUCCAAGGGAUUUUGGCCAGUUAGUGAUCUUAUCUUUCAUCCUAGUAAGUUCAGCUGCCACACUCUACUCGGUCCACUGCUAUCGUGUCCGAAAGCACCUGAUUCAUUUCGAUAAGAUUUUCGCGAAGAUCAGCUGGUUGAUCAACUCACUAUGAGUCAUCCAAAGGUUAUAAUUGGACAUUUCAUGCAAUGUCAAAGAUUUAAAUGAUCUGCAUGUAAAUAUGAAUAUGUUUAGAUGUUAGAUAUGUAAAUGCAUAAGAAUUGAUUGAUACUUAUGUAAAUGCCCCAUAAUAAUAUUAGAGAAAUGUAUCAUUUUCUGAGAUAUUAAUCGCCGAGAGUAAGCCGAUCAUAGCCGUCGAUGUUGUUUGUCAAUGAUGUAAUUAGACGGCCAUUAUUGAGAGACCUUUGGUGCGACAUGCUCUUGCUAUGAAGGUAUGUAUUUGCAUCUUUAAUCUUAUAUGAAAUUCUAAUAUGAGAGGAUAUAUUGUAGAAUCCUCUAUUUGUAUAUUAAUUAAAUAUUAUAUGGUUACUAGAUUUAUAU